AUGGACAACACCGCGGAACCGCCAGUUGCUAAGGAAGCUGUGCUGCAGGAAAGCACAAAACUACCAGCGGACACCCCGAAAGUGCACGGUUACGAUUGGAACAAUGGGUAUGACUACGAAAAGCUGUUCAGCACAUACGUUCACAGUGGUUUUCAGGCAACGAAUCUUGGCCUGGCAAUCGAGGAAAUCAACAAAAUGAUUGCUGCACGUCGCAUUCCUCUCCCCGAAGACAAGUUUGACGAGCACGAGGAGGACGAAUUCAUCCGGCGCCGGUCGAGUUGUACUAUCUUUUUGGGCUACACCUCCAACAUGGUUUCGGCCGGUGUACGAGAAACGAUCCGAUUCUUGGCAGAGCACCGUAUGAUCGAUUGCAUUGUCACCACGGCGGGUGGCAUCGAGGAAGAUCUUAUCAAGUGCCUUGCACCAACGUUUCUCGGUUCGUUUGAGUUGGACGGACGAGAGCUGCGCGAACGGGGCAUUAAUAGGAUCGGCAAUCUGUUGGUACCGAACGAAAACUACUGUAAAUUCGAAAACUGGGUCAUACCGCUGCUGGAUGAGAUGCUCGUUGAACAAAGGACGCGAGGAACACUUUGGACACCAUCCAAAGUAAUUGCACGGCUUGGCGAACGGAUCAACGACGAAUCGUCGAUCUAUUACUGGGCCGCAAAGAACCGUAUCCCAGUGUUCAGUCCGGCCCUGACGGACGGCAGCCUCGGGGACAUGAUGUACUUUCACUCGUACCGGAAUCCGGGCCUAGUGGUCGACAUUGUGUCCGACUUGCGGCGGCUCAAUACGAUGGCCGUAAAAGCGGUUCAAUCCGGAAUGAUUAUUAUCGGCGGUGGCGUGAUAAAGCACCACAUUUGCAACGCGAAUCUGAUGCGUAACGGCGCGGACUAUUCCGUGUUCGUUAACACUGCGUCCGAGUACGAUGGAAGCGAUAGUGGUGCGCGGCCGGAUGAGGCCAUAUCGUGGGGUAAAAUCAAAAAGGAUGCAACGCCGGUGAAGGUGUACGCGGAGGCCAGCUUGGUGUUUCCUAUACUAGUUGGUGAAACAUUCGUGAAGGACCACUUCCGUACGAAAUAA